GAAAAAUCCAUAGCUGAAUGAUUAAUCGAGGAGCUGCAGGGGAUGUAGGAGAGGAAAUCUGCGACGAGUUCGGUUUUCACACUGCCAAGAAACUUCACUUCCCGAGGUGAAGACUCCUGCAACAUGGAGGGUUUUUAUGACCAGCAGGUUCCCUUUGUGAUCCCUGAGAGUAAAUGUCACACACAGGAAGCAGAGAAGUGUCUCAGUGACAGGAAGAGGAAGUUCAUGGACACCGAGCUGGCUCAGGACACGGAAGGUACGUCUGCCGCGUGUGCUCAGUGUGCCACCGUGUCUCUAACUGCAGAGCUUUUCCAAGACCUGAGUCAACUCCAAGAAAUAUGGAUUGCAGAAGCUCAGGCUACAGAUGACGAGCAGUUUGUCCCAGAUUUCCAGUCCAACAACUUGAUGUUUCAUGGACUGGCCGCCAGCAAAGUGAAGCGAGAACCGAGUCCGUCCAAAGACUUCUCUCCCUGCAGAACGCCUCAGGCUGACAUGUGCCUUUACAGUUACAGUGCCUGUGAGCCCGCUCCGACUCCAGCCUCCACACCUGCAGUACGACAUGGCUCCGUCCACCCUGCUGGACCUCCACCCUUACAGAGGCAGUUACAGCCAUCUACCCCCCAGCUGACCAGCAGCUGCUCCCCAAACCAUGCUCCUGCCCUCAGCCCCUCCCACCUCCACAACCUUCCACAGGCCAAUCAAAGCCAGCGGUUCGCUGUGCCGCAUCCCCCCAUCAGCUGCUCCGGUGCGUCUUUCAACUCAGAGCAAAGAUUCCAGCGGCAGCUGUCAGAUCCCUGCCUGUCCUUCCUCCCUCCGAAGAAGACUGCAAACACGCCGUACCACCCCCCCAUCCGUGAUGGACGGCCAAUGUAUCAGCGCCACCUUUCAGAGCCUGUGGUUCUACAGGCCCCCCGAGGGUUUAAACAGGAACUGGUGGACCCGAGAUACCCAGAGCCAGGGCCUCCUGCUUCAGGUCCGGCCCGUCCCCAGAAUACCUUCAGCCAUGUCACAAUCAAGCAAGAGCCAAGGGACUUCGGCUAUGACUCAGAGGUUCAAACUUGCCAGUCGUCAUUUGAGAAGUCUUCUGUUUUGUACCAAAAUAGCAGUGCAGGAUUUGGCCACGACAGAGAGCCAUGUUUGUACUAUGACGACACCUGUGUCGUACCAGAAAGACUGGAAGGUAAAGUGAAACAGGAGGGUCUGCCAUACCAGCGCCGUGGCUCCCUGCAGCUCUGGCAGUUCCUGCUCACACUCCUGGACAACCCGGCUAAUGCGCACCUGAUCGUUUGGACGGGACGAAACAUGGAGUUUAAGCUGAUCGAUCCCGAAGAGGUGGCUCGCCUCUGGGGGAUCCAGAAGAAUAGACCAGCUAUGAACUACGAUAAGCUGAGUCGCUCACUGCGGUACUAUUAUGAAAAGGGCAUUAUGCAGAAGGUGGCUGGUGAGAGGUACGUCUACAAGUUUGUGUGCAACCCCGAGGCGCUGUUCUCCAUGGCUUUUCCAGACAACCAGAGGCCAAGUCUGAAGCCUGACCCGGAUGCUGUCCUACCUCCUAGCGAGGAGGACGGCACCCCCCUCCCCAGCUAUGAAGAUGAGGCUCCUUAUCUGGUUGAUGGAGCGGAACAAAGCAUCCAAGGACUGGGUUUCCCUGAUGGCUACCCGUACUAGACUCCACAGCCUGGCAGCUGAAGUUAUUUUUAAUAAGGUGUAACCUAUAAUUACUGAGCAGUGUUUGAGAACGUUAGUAUGAUACCUGCAUUAUCUGUCACACAAACACAAGAACUGGAGAACUAAGUGUGUCUUUUCCACAUUUUUUUGUUUGUAAAAUCAUUAUUAUUAUUAUUAUUAUUAUUAUUAUUAUUAUUAUUAUUAUUAUUAUUAUUAUUAUUAUUAUUAUUAUUAUUAUUAUUAUUAUUAUUAGGCCAGAAAGCUGAAAAUCAAUUGAUCUCUGAGAUGGUUAAACUCACUCAGGGAAAAAAGAAAACACACACGUAGUUCUGAUUUGGAUUCACGUGCUACAAUGUUUUACAAACACCUGGAAUUUAACUUUUUUUUUUUUUUUUUUUUUUGAGCAAUACAUAACCAGAUGUUUUCAGAAAGAAAAAAACUUCAUUGUUUCAAAAAAUUUUGCCAGAGUGGUAAAAUUAAGACAAAGUGGUAAUUACACAAAGAAAAACAAUUUUAAUGGAAGAGGUCAAAGAUUCUCAUUAAAGCCCGUCAGAAUUUUAAUGUCCUGUUAUGGCAGAGGUGUAGCAAAAAUGGCCCGGCUCUCAGGCUGGAAUUUGACGGUCAAAAUACCACAUUUUGCAUUUUUAUUAUAAAAGUACUUUUUUUUUUUUUUUUUUUUUUUUUUUUUUUAAAACUGCAUUCUUGAAAUAUUCCAGCUUUUCCUUGUGAAAUUGUGAUGCUCAUGUUUUAACUAACUUUUUUUUAAAAAGUUUAGUUUGUUUUGUUUUUUCCUCUCAAAAUGCUCCAGCUGUGUCUUUAAAACCUCUUUUUGUUAGUGACAGUGGUCUUGAUACGGUUGUAAUUGUGUAGCAUGGCCAUCGCUGUAGUUCUCAUGCUUGUGAACUCUGGGAUUUGUAUUCCAACCAAAAAGUAUCUGGAAGCCAUGGCAUUCCUUUAUUGUUUUUGUUUUUAACCUGCUUGAGAGGGACUGACUUGUAUUUUCCAGACCUAAGAACUCUCCUAUAAAAUUUAGUUGUUUUUGUGUACCCUUUUCUUGUUUUCAAAGCUGAUAUUUUUGGCGAGUUUUUCCUAUUGCUGUUUUUGACAAAGGUACUGCUUCUAUUUUUGAUUCAGUCACACUGCCUCUCUGAUGCCAAUAAUAAGCAUGGACUUUCUUAUGAAUGCCUCAGAAGUUCAUGUCCUUGGAUAGUUUUCUGCAUUUUAUAGAGUUUGUUUGCUUCAAUGUGUAGAAAAAGUGUAUAAUUAUAUAUGGAUAUAUUUUUGCUAAAGGCUGCAUUUUUCCUGCUAAAGUAUUCCAUCAGCCUUCCAAGGAUAUACCCAUUAACUCCUGCAGCUAGAUGGUGGAUGUAAAGGUAUAUUUUGCUAUAUGAUCACCUGGUUGUAUAAGAUACUGAAACGGGUGUGACUUCUACCCUUGGAUACUGUUAUUCGUGCCUUCUGUUGAUCUUUACUGAUAAAA